GCAGACGAGGAAGCUCCUCCCCCUCUCCGGGGCCGGGGGUUCGGCGAUCCGGUGUCGGGAAGUGUGUCGGUCGUACGGUGAACUCAAAGUCCUGAGUAAUCUCAACUUGACCGUGCCACAGGGACAGAUCUACGGCCUGCUGGGUCCGAGUGGGUGUGGGAAGACCACACUGUUGAAAUGCAUUGUGGGAACCCUGAAGAUCUCCCGAGGGCACAUCAGCGUGUUGGGGAAGCCGCCCGCAUUUCCUGGUCACCAGGUCCCUGGGAAGAUGGUGGGGUACAUGCCACAGGACCUGGCGUUGUACAAUGAGUUUACCAUCAGUGACACCCUGACGUUCUUCGGAAGGAUCCACGGCCUGUCAUCUACGGACACCCAGGCACGCAUGGACUUCCUGGUGGACUUCCUGGACCUACCUCAGAAGAGCAAACUAGUCCGAAAUCUCAGGUAACACAACCGUGUCAACACAGUGGUGUCAAACAUACGAGCCCAUUAAAUAUGGCCCACGGAUGGGUUGGAUUUAUAUCAUUGUUCAUUUAUUUGUUUUAAUUAGGGGGAAAACAAUCUCAAUACACAUUAAAAUAACAAAAACCAAAUGGAAACUAUGUAUGAAUGAUAAUGUACCUUCAUCUAUAGUCUCUUCACUC